AUGCAACACCGUUCCAUUGUGGAUAAAGUCAAGAAGGAAAAUGCAGAACUUCGGUGCAAAUACGACCUCCUGGUCCAACAGCUUAAGCCUUCAGAAGAGGAAGGAGGUGCCGAACCUGAAAUCAAACACGGUCUGUAUGUUCAAAGGACGGUUCAGGCAGAAGCGGUGCAUCUCGGGGAAUCAGUGCUAUCUCCCAAACAUGAUAGAUUCAAAACAGGAAAUCUGACAGGGGGGAUUACUCGGUCCGAUGCAUUUGAUACAAACAACACAAAUAUGGGGAAUCCAAUCACUAGUUCGGGGGUAAUGACAGCGGGAGGGGGAAAAAGCGAAGAGGUUAUAAAAGAUAAUGUGGAUGGCCUAAAGACCGAGAGGUCCAGUUUACCUUAUACACAAACCACAGGUGCCGAGCAAGAGAGAAAAAAGGUACCUGAGUUUUCCAUGGCUACCGAAACGCAACGCGAUUUGAAUUCAAAUUCAAUGAAAACGAAACAAAAGAAAAAGACUAAAUGUAGUUGUCAUUGA